AUGAACAGCCUGGCCCACGUACACCUGGCGGAGGACGAGAAGGAGAGGGCUAAGGACAUCCUGGGCAUGAGGACUGUGCCCUUUUACGUCGUCGUCGGCGAGGACGGGGAGGUGCUCCGGCACGGCAGCGCCAAGACCCUUCCCCUCAAGACGGUCGAAUCCCUCGACUCCGCCCUGCUCCCGCCUCCUGCCGGUGCUGGUUCUGCUACCGCUCGAGAGGGCCGCUACGGGGAGAGUCAGCAAGAUGAGAACGACGCCGCGGCCGCCAACGCCGCCACGCCACCGGGGGAGGAGACAGCAGCCGCUGGUAGCCCCACCGCCAAAGGGGCCCCGCGAGGUAAAGCGACACCUUCCCCCCGGAUGGAGUGCGUCGGGGACGUGUGCAAGCUGGUCCGCAACCCGAAGGCAGCAGCGGCAGCAGCAGCAGCGGCAGCACCGCAUGGACAAGCGACGGGAGAAACGGCCGCCCCUCCUGCCGCUCCUGCUCCCUCCCCGGCCGGUGUGGAGUGCGACGGCGGUGUGUGCAAGCUGGUGCGCAAGCCGACGAGGACCGCCGAGCAGGAGUCGAAGGACGAUUCGGUAGCUGAUGUUGCUGAAGCCUCCGCCGCCGCCGCCGCGGUGCCCGCUGCGCGCACCAUGGAAUGCGCGGGAGGAGUGUGCAAGCUGGUGCGCAAGCCGAAGAAGGCUGCCGAAGAACAACCGGUGGUGUCGGACAGGAAAGAGGAGGCAAGCGAGUCGCCGCUCGUCGUCGGCGACGCCAUGCCUUCCCUUCAGGUGGGCAGUAGGGCUUGGUUAAGGAUAAUUCUUGCUCUCUACGCGUUGAAACAUCGUCCGCCCCCCCCUGCACCCACUUGGUGA